AUGAGUAUCGCGCAGAAAAGUUGCAUGGUGCAGCGUGGGAGAGCAAACUGCUUAGGUGAAACGGAGUUAUAUGAUGAAAAUGAAGAUCUAUGUCCUGUUGAGUGUGUCACUGAGUUCAAAACAGAUGAUGAGCUUCGUAAAGUUCUUGAUAAAGCCAAAGAAACUAAUACUUUGGUUGUGGUUGAUUUUUAUCGUCCUUCUUGUGGGAGCUGUAAAUACAUUGAACAAGGCUUCUCAAAGCUCUGCAAGCAAUCUGGUGACCAAGAAGCUCCUGUCAUAUUCCUUAAGCAUAAUGUGAUAGAUGAAUAUGAUGAACAAUCUGAAGUCGCUGAAAGGCUCCGUAUCAAGUCGGUUCCUCUCUUCCACUUCUACAAAAACGGAGUUCUGUUAGAAGCAUUUGCAACGAGAGACAAGGAGAGGAUUGAUGCUUCUAUUCACAAAUAUACAAACUCGGAAUCUUCAAGCACAUUGGAUUAA